AGCCGUUCUGGCGCAGGCCGGCGUGGCCCCGCGGGGUCGGGCCGCGGAAACUGGCGGCACAGGGUCAGGGUCGCGAUGGCAGACCCGGAGGACGACAGGGAGUCGGUGGACGACGCGGAUGACGGCCUGGCUGUUCAGGACUUGUCGAAGCUGGACAUUGCCACGCUCACGCCCCUGUCGCCCGAGGUGAUCAGCAGGCAGGCGACAAUGAACGUCGGCACAAUCGGGCACGUGGCGCACGGGAAGUCUACCGUGGUGCGAGCUCUGAGCGGAUCCAACACAAUCCGUUUCAAGCAGGAGAAAGAGCGGAACAUCACGAUCAAGCUGGGCUACGCCAACGCGAAGAUCUACAAGAACGACCGCGAGGACCUAGAGCGCCCUGCAAACUACACCUCCUUUGGAAGCAAGACGCCCGAUGUCGUUCCAGAUGACGAAGGCGGCAAUUGGAGGCUUCAGAGGCACGUGUCUUUCGUUGAUUGCCCGGGACACGACAUUCUCAUGGCAACUAUGCUCAACGGUGCUGCUGUGAUGGAUGCCGCGCUGCUUUUAAUCGCGGGGAACGAGUCGUGCCCGCAGCCGCAGACAUCAGAGCAUUUGGCCGCAGUUGAGAUCAUGCGUUUGAAGCACAUCAUCAUUCUUCAGAACAAGGUGGAGCUGAUCAAAGAGCAGCAGGCGCAGGCUCAAUAUGAGGAGAUCAAGAAAUUCGUGGCGGGAACGGCCGCGGAUAGCUCCCCUAUCAUCCCGCUCAGCGCUGUCCUGAAAUAUAACAUCGAAGUUGUCUGCGAGUAUCUGUGCACGCAGGUUCCCAUUCCUCCCAGGGACUUCCUGUCCAGUCCGUACAUGAUCAUCAUCCGGUCCUUCGAUGUGAACAAGCCUGGAGAGGAGGUAGAAAAGCUGAAGGGCGGUGUGUGCGGUGGUUCCAUAAUCAAGGGUGUGCUGAAGGUCGGCGACGAGAUCGAGAUCAGGCCUGGAACCACAGGCAAGGACGCCAAUGGCAAUACUACGUGCAAGCCGAUCCGAUCUCGGAUUAUAUCCUUGGCAGCGGAGCAGAAUUCGCUGCAGUUCGCAGUUCCGGGAGGCCUCAUCGGCGUGGGGACCAAGAUAGACCCCACCGAGACGCGCGGCGACCGCAUGCUUGGUCACGUCAUGGGACACCCUGGCAAGCUGCCCGACAUCUACAUCGAGAUCGAAGUCAAGUACUACCUCCUCCGCCGCCUGCUCGGCGUUAAGACGGAAGGGGACUCCAAGGCGGGCAAGGUCUCCAAGCUGAAAAAGGGAGAGAUCCUCAUGGUGAACAUUGGCUCCCUGGCUGCGGGCGGCAGGAUCGUGAGCAUCGGUGAUGACGAUGUGGGCAAGAUCGUGCUGACGAACGCCGUGUGCACUCAGGAGGGCGACAAGGUCGCGCUGAGCCGCAGGAUCGAGAAGCACUGGCGGCUGAUCGGGUGGGGCUCCAUCGUGAAGGGCAAGACGCUCAAGCCCCUCGAGAGACUUGUCCCGGAGUGAGCCGCGAGCUGAGCGUAGGAGCGCACAGGGUGCGGGGGGGAGAGCCUUCUGGCGUGGAUGUGGAUACGUUCGCUGCUCGUGAGCGAGGCAGCGGGGGGUCGCCCUGUCGUCGGACGAGCGCCGCCGCCGGUGGACCGCCGGCCGGGCCGACAGCACUGGCGCGGCUGCACCACUGCCGCCGGCUGCCGGUCGCCAGCGUCCUCGCCCAAGAACCUCUAUAGGACUCCCAGAUGGGCUGCGCUGCCAGCAGGCCGAGCCGGGUUUUCGUGCAGCCGCAGGGCCUCGUCCGCCGUGGGCUGCUGCUCCUCCCUCGGCCACACGGUCGGAGGGGGGCACUCCUGGGCACCCUCCGGGGGGAGGGGUGUCCAGGGGCGGCCCAGCCGACCCGUGCUUAGCAAACUACCGCCCUCCGUGAUAUCCCCCUCGCCUCGCCCCAGGGCGUAUGCACGCAGCCGCGGGGGAGCUUGAAAGGCGAGGGUGACGUCACGGAGGGGGAUGGCUUGCUGGGGGUCGCUCGGGCCGCGCCC